ACCUCAUUCUCUUCCACCUCUCACUCACUCUCUCACUCCCACUUUUUCUUUCAUCUAGUUCCUGUUCCAAACAUGUCAUCAUUCAUUGGAGCCAAUCCUCUUCGAAACAUAAUAGUUACUAAAUGUGAUCUCUUUAACCCCACAAUGAGAACUCUUCACCACACUCCAACCCUCACUAGACCACAGUGCAUAUCCUUCAUUCAACCAACCAAAUCCAACACUCUUAAAAAGAUGGAGGGCAUGCCACACUCUCGAUCACCAUCAUCACUGUUACCAUCCUCGUUGUCGCUGAAAUUGGGAAAGAAAUGGAAGGAGUACCAAGGAAUGAGCAAUUGGAAUGGUUUAUUAGACCCAUUGGACGAGAACCUUCGCGCCGAAAUUCUCCGCUAUGGCCACUUCGUCGAGGCUGCAUAUAAAUCCUUCGAAUUCGAUCAUUCUUCCCCAAACUACGCAACAUGCAAGUUCCCGAAGAGCACGCUCUUCGAACGUUGCGGGUUACACAACACCGGUUACAAGGUAACCAAACAUUUACGUGCGACCUCGGGAAUCAAACUACCUAGUUGGGUAGACAAAGCACCAAGUUGGGUAGCAAGAAAAUCAAGCUACGUGGGAUACGUAGCUGUGUGUAACAACAAGGAAGAGAUAAAACGACUGGGUCGAAGAGACAUUGUAGUGGCGUUUAGAGGUACCACUACGUGUCUAGAGUGGUUCGAGAAUCUUCGAGCCACUCUGACACAUGUUUCAUCUGUCACAGCCGCGGAAGAAAAUGGAGCAAUGGUGGAAAGUGGGUUUUUGAGUUUGUACACGUCAGCAAUCAGUGACAACCCAUCGUUUAUGAGUUUGCAAGAAAUGGUGAGGGAAGAGAUUGGUCGGAUUCUGAAAAGUUACGAAGGAGAAAAUUUGAGUUUGACCAUUACGGGGCAUAGUUUGGGAGCGGCAUUGGCGACUCUCACGGCAUAUGAUGUGAGGAAUUAUUUUCUCCGGGCGCCGCCGGUGACGGUGAUCUCCUUCGGCGGCCCCCGCGUAGGCAACCGGAGAUUCCGGCAGCGGCUGGAGAGGCAAGGGACAAAGGUGUUGCGGAUAGUGAACUCCGAUGAUGUUAUAACGAAGGUGCCGGGUUUUGUGUUUGAUGACGUGGAGAAAAGUGGUGGUGACGUGGCGGACAGUGGGAGUGUCCACGUGGCGAGUUUCCAGAGAUGGGUUCAAAAGAGAGUGGAAGAGGUACAGUGGUUGUUGUACUCUGAGGUUGGGGAGGAGCUGCGUCUUUGUAGCAGGGAUUCUCCGUACCUCAGGGGUGUCAACAUUGCCACGUGUCACGAUUUGAACACCUACCUGCAUCUUGUUGACGGCUUUGUCAGUUCCACAUGUCCCUUUAGAUCCACUGCCAGGAGGUUCCUUCAGCACUGAUUUUGAUCAAUUUUGAUUCAACAACCAAAAAAAAAAGUUUUUUUUGUUGGUUUAAAUCAACGAUAAGAUUUUCCAUUUCCAAAGAGUUUGUAAAUAGCAGCACAAAUCUUAACAUGGAAAGAGACACGAGAAAAAGAGAAAGUUCGCGGGAAAUUUGUUACAUGUAAUUAUCUCAAAAUC